AUGUAUAUCGCAAAGAAGUACCGCAACCACAACCUCGUCUACAUUUUGAUGGGCCUGGAGCUACCCUUGAUCAUCGCUAUUCUGACGCUCACUGGUAUCGCUGCACAUGAUCGGUACCGGCUCAAGCUGUGGCGAGAUGGAUACGAGAAUGGCUUCAACAGCUCGCCGCAAGCAGAGGUCUACGCUGCUGCGAACUACCAGUCGUACUCAACGCCGAAAGUCUGGAGCUCCUUUGCGACAAACUGGAACCUAGUCAUCUCCAUCCUCAGCACCUUCAUGUUCAUCACAAAGUUUCCUCUCCAUGUCCUCCACAUUUUGUACCCGAUCGGAUCGGUCAUCCUUCAUGUUGGCUUGGUAGUCAUCUAUUGCGUCUCUGCUUCCUUCCAAGCCGGCAGUGACAAAUCAGAUCCCGAUCAUAUGCAAAAUGGGCCACCAUGGUACAUCACCAAGAACUGCAACGUCGCCCACGAGAAAGACAAUGUCGGAUACUGCCAACAGGCAAAGUCCCUCUUCGCAGUUACCAUCAUCAUCAUCGUCCUCUAUACCGUCGAACUAGCCAUCGCCGCCCAAAACUGCUUCAUAACGAAGGAAGAACGCGCCGAACGCGACGAACAGCGCGAAGAAAAAGAAACCAUGAAGGCAUAUGAGGACAUGAUUCUCAAAUCGCCCAGCAUGAUCCCAAUGACUCCCAGCGCCGUGCCGAUGUCCCCAGGAACAGCCACAUACCCGCGCUCACCGAUGCCCGUAAUGACGCCGCGCAGCCUGGCCUUCAACCGACUUGACCCCGCAUCCGCAUCCAGGGACCUUCCGCUCCGCGAACACUUUGGGGCCGCCCCAUCGCACCCGCAAACUGCUCUGCAGGAGGUGGACACGACGGCGAGUGGAUCGAUCCAGCCUGCACAGCCGCAGAUCUAUUUCCCGCCGCCACCGAAGAAGGCGAAGAAGUAG